GUCAUGAAAGCUACCUCUGAAGAAAACCGGUUGAAUGCCAAAGAAAUCGAACCUGUGUCUCCUCCAUCACUUGGUCCAUCAACAACAACCAUCAAGGGAUGCCUGUUGAACAAAAGUCGAUCAGCAUUAGUACGAAGAAACUGUUAUAUCUCGCAAAAGAGGGAAACAUGGGACCGUCUUUUUGAUGACGCUUAUAAAGCAGAUGUUGAGAUUCAUACAAAUUGUGACACCCACAUCUAUGCACAUGCUAGCAUUCUGGGCUUUGCCUCCCCUGUUUUCAGAGGCAUGUUCAAGAAAUCAAGAAGCAAUCAUCAAAUAUCAAUUCAUGGGGUUGCACCAGAGGCUGUUCGCAUAUUUAUCCGCUUCUUGUACUCUUCAUGCUAUGAAGAAGCGCAAAUGGAGGAACAUAUAAUUUCCCUUUUGGUCCUUUCUCAUGCUUUUGUUGUACCUCAACUAAAACGAGAGUGCGAGUAUCAGCUUGAGCACAGAUUCCUUAAUGUUGACAAUGUAGUUGAUGUGUUUCAGCUAUCAUUGUUGUGUGAUGCACCCCGACUUAGUAUCAUUUGCCAACGGUUUGUCCUAACGUGCUUUAAAGCAGCCUUUUCGUCUGCAGGAUGGAAGGCCAUGAGGGCCAGUCAUCCAAAUCUUGAAAAGAAACUUAUUGAAUAUGUCAAGUUUGAAGAUUAUAGACGAAAGGACAAUAUGAGAAAGUUUACGGAAAGGAAGGUUUAUUUACAACUAUAUGAGGCAAUGGAAGCUCUUGUUCAUAUAUGCAAAGAUGGAUGUAGGACAAUUGGUCCACAAGAUAAUAAUAAUAAUAAGAAGAAUAUGCUAAAAGCAGAGGAUCAAAAGCCUUGCAAGUAUGAAGCUUGCAAGGGUCUAGAAUCCCUUUUGCACCAUUUUGCCGGAUGCAAGUUAAAAGCCCCGGGUGGCUGUCUUCAUUGCCAACGAAUGUGGCACCUUUUGGAGUUACAUGCUCGUAUAUGCGCUAAUUCUAACGUUUGCAAGGUUCCUUUAUGCAGGAAAUUUAAACAGAGGAUCAUGAAAGAUAGCAAGAAGAAGAAACAUAACAAGAAGGACGAGAUGAAGUGGAAAAUAUUGGUGAGGAAAAUCAUGAGAACGAAGAGCAUCACCGGAGCUCCUUAUUUUACUUUGGCAUCUACACGAGGGUGAGGGUUGGAAACAACAUUUUUUAUUCAUGUAGCCAUAGCCAUAAGAAUAAAAAACUACACAAAUAUAAGAUCCACAAUGUUGUGUCGUUUGUAUCCAUAAAACUACAUAACC